CGCGUGGCUGAAUCAGUGUGCUGCAUUUCGAGUGUGUUUGCUGAUAUCGACAGCAUUGCUUGUUGGGCAAAUCUGCAUGUGGCGACAAGCGUCGUUUUUAGGGGUCGUGUAUUUGGUGAUCUCGUUUGCAUGGCUGCAUCAUGCGGCGUCACAACGGGUUGCAGCAGCCUCGACGAUGAAGAAGACUGAAGAUGAAGAAGCACUGCUAUACGACCACCAUGAAUUACAUACUGCACGAGGAGACCUUUACUACACGAAGUCACGAGGUGGAUACGUCGGAGGCCAGGUUGAACAAGAGCUCUUUGACCGAAGCAGACGCAAAACAAAACGAAGAAAAAGUGCUUCCGGCAGAUUCCUUUCCUGCAGUGAUACAGAUGUGAUGUUCUCGCGUUUUUCCAGACUGCCGACCGCAGAUAAAAGAAAUCAAGGCAAAAAUUCUGAUCAGGACAUUUCAAGCGAAUUAUCGGCACUUCAGCGUCAACAACUGGCACUGCAGUCCUCUUCGUCAUCUGGCACCACACCCUCUUCGUCACCCGGCGGACCGAUUGCCUGUGGUGCAGGGAUGACGGCGAGGACUGUGGAUCGACUCUGGUCGAUUCCUGAGGAUGAACACGUAGGUGGAGACACAGGAGAUAUGACCACUCUCACUGGAACACCGCCGUUUUUUGUAGCACCCUCUCCUGCGGAUGUUGUUUCGACAGCCGUUGUUCCGUGGUCCGCAGCGGGAGCUUUGGGGAGUGUUAUGAUUUAAGUAUAAGUGUAUGUAUGAUAUUAAAUAAUUAUCUUUAGAGUGAGGUCGUAAAAAGUCAUAGAACCGGUUCUUUGAACAAUGAAUCUCUUCCCACCCGCAGGACUGGGACUAGCAAUUCGUUGAUCUACUACUUCUAAUCCAUCCAACGUGGUGCAAUCUGGUGGCUAUCUGUAUUACCUGUAUCCUGCUGCGAGUAGUUGUUGUUGGUCCACGUACAGGAGUCACCAAGUAGAAGUACAAGAAGCUCCGGCAGUGACUGGAGGCGAAGGAGCAUCCCCAGAAGAUCAACUUCUACAUGAGACAAGAAGUGCAAUAAGUAUUGAAAAAUCGCCACGUGGUUCUCUCACAGGAUCUGAGAAGAGCAGUUCUUUCAUCUAUCCAGAAGGUGGUAGUCAGUCAGGACCAAAUCAUCAGUUGAGGACCACUAGCUCAGUGUUUUUUGAUUCUACUUUGUUGGACAAGAAGGGUCGAACGCCGCGAGCCGAAGAGGGUGGUUCGACUUCUCAUCAAUCUUCACCUCUUAGUGGUCAUGCUCAUCAUGAUGAACUGCUUGUGCUUGAUCAUCAUCACCAGGUUGAUGUAGAAGCAGACAGACCUCCUAGAAGUCGUAGCCGAAGGUUUCCGCCUCGAGAGCAUCAAAAGCUUGCAUCGUCGCUUGUAGAUGAUGACAAUCCGUUUUCGGAACUUGAAGAACGCUUACUUCAAGACGCGGCAGACUCUUUUUUGGAUUUGGAGUCAUCCGAUGAGGAUUCAAGCUUGUCGUCUCCGUCUCAUCAUGACCACAUGAAUCGUAUGAAUAUCAACGACGAGACCGAGGAGGAUAGUCUUUCGGACGAUGGGAGUUAUGAUAGUAGUGGCGAUGGGAGUUAUGAUAGCAGCAGUCUUCGCCGGAGCGGAACAAGGAGUCGAGGAGCGCAACAUGCGCGCGUCGGGGAAACAUUAUCAGCAUUUUUUUCAGACGCGGAUGUAUUAGGGACGACGACGAAGAGCCCAUCAAUUUUAAGUUAUGAGGAGGCGUCGGAGGAUCAUGACAAAAACGACGCCUCGGACUCGGACUCAUCGGAUGGCUCGUCACUUGUUGUGCUUGUGAAGAGGAAAGACACUACAAGCCCCCGACCGAGUUCUCGACGACAUAGAGACUUGCAAAGAGAGCAUGUUGCGAAUGGUCCGACGAAAGAAGAUCGUUUUGUCAACACAGAAAAGGAGACUACAUCGAUAAUAUUGGACGACAAUGUCGCCGAAGAGCAGCACCAGAGCUUAGAAUUAUCACGACCAGCUGCUAAGAACAAUGCAGAUGAAGAUGACUGUCGCGUUUCCGAUAUCAAAAACACGACGCUUCCAGCAAAUAAUGAUCAGUUUACGUCGCUUGCUGAAGAAGGUAGUAGAGACUUGCAACUACUAGUACAGCACCAUGUGGCUCCUGUGCAAGAACUAGAUGUUGAUAGUUUCACCGAUAAAGAAAGCGAACGUCUUCUAUCCGGAAGAGAAGACCAUGGAGAAAAAAUAGACGAUCUGGAUAAAGAUAGAGGGAAUAAAGAUAGAGAAAAAAUAGACGAUAGAGGGAAUAAAGAUAAUCUUCCUCUUCGUGGCGCUGUUCUUGAAGAAGAACGAAAGAUACCAGAUCAUGGUAAUGAUGAACGAAAGAAUGCUGUGGAGGAAGAGAGUGGCAUCAAGCAUAAACAUACAGUGGUUGCACCAGCAUCCACUAGAAGCUCUUUAGAUGUGCAUGAGAUUCUAUCGUUAGAGAAGUCUUUUCUGUGGUUGAUUUUCUAUGCAUAUCUAGCAGUUUUAGCUAUUGCAAGUGGAAAAUGGAUUGUCACGCACUACCUGUGGUCUAAGCCAUCGGUAGUACGAGGUGGACAAUCGAUAUCCACGAACAGUAGCCACGUAUUAAUACCACCACUAAUUACAGACCCGAACUACGUUAAUAUCGAUUCUAAUAGUUUAUUAAGCUUUUCUACAUCGACUGCAUCUAGGAUUGACGCCGAUUUGACGAGUACUUCGAUUUCAACGUCGGCCCUAUCAGCUGCAUUAGAGCACGGACGUGGUCGAACUGUGCUCUACAAUAAUGCUGGUUCAUCAGGAGGCUCUCAACAUGCUCUGACAGGGCCACCCUCGUCACUACCGAUAUUGAGCCAAAACCAUCAUGCCUCUUCGGCUUUGUUAAACCGAGCAGAUUCGUGGAAUACAGCUCAAUAGGCGUCUCUAAAGGACUCGACUGAGGUUUCAGAAUCAUAGCACGACUAUAUUAUCUGUUCUGUCUCCGUAUAAAAAAGGACACAUUUAUUUUCAAUGGAGGCAUUUUCUGAACUACG